CCGGCGCUGCGCAUUUGCCCGCCAGUCCGCCCGUCCGGAGCCCGGCUCGCUGGGGCAGCAUGGCGUGGUCGCCGCUGCUCGGCGGGCCGCGGGCCGGGGGCGUCGGCCUUCUGGUGCUGCUGCUGUUGGGCUUAGUUCGGCCGCCCCCCGCGUUCUGCGCGCGGCCGGUAAAGCCCGGCCCUGUCCCCGCCGCUGCGCUCAGACCCCGGCCCCCGGUCUACGACGACGGUCCCACCGGCCCAGAGGCCGAGGACGCCGGCGACGAGACGCCCGAUGUGGACCCGGAGCUGCUGAGGUACUUGUUGGGGCGAAUCCUCGCGGGGAGCGCCGACCCCGAGGCUGUGGCUGCCCCGCGCCGCCUCCGCCGUGCUGCCGACCAGGAUCUGGGCCCCGAGGUGCCCCCUGAGGGGGUGCUGGGGGCCCUGCUGCGGGUGAAGCGCCUGGAGACCCCAUCGCCCCAGGCGCCGGUGCGCCGCCUCCUGCCCCCCUGAGCACCGCCCGGGUCCUGCGCACCCUCGGGCCCAGGACCACCCCAUCCCAACACCCCGACUGCUCCCCGUCGGCACAUCGAGAGCGGCUUACCCCGUCAGCCGCAGUUGCAGCCCUAGAACCCCGAGAUCCCCGCCUUUGGCCCCACAAUAAAUGCGAUCUGAAGCAGCUCUA